CAUGACAAAGUAGCUAUCGUGUUCGCAGACAUUGUGUCCUUCACAAAGAUAGCUUCUAAUCUUGAAGCCCAGGAGGUCAUGAACAUGCUGCAUAACUUGUACUGCAAGUUCGAUACUCUUUGCGAAGUGAAUAAUGUUUACAAGGUCGAGACCAUUGGUGACUCGUACAUGGCCGCAGCUGGACUGUUCAGCUCAGAGCAAGGGCUGGGAGAGAAGAAAAUCGUCCAGGAUGCAGUCAAGUUUGCAAGGGAGAUGAUCGUAGCCGCUCGAGACGUCAAGGACCCCUGGGGCAAUCCCAUGAUGCUGCGAGUUGGCGUGCAUGUUGGCCCUGUCAUGUCGGGUAUCGUUGGGAGGAUCCGGAAGCGCUACUGCCUUUUUGGCGACGCCGUGAACGUUGCGAGCAGGAUGGAAAGCACAGCUCCGGUGGGCCAGCUGCAGAGAACCAAUGUCGACGUCUCUGCUAUGAAGGACGAGGGCCCUUGGCAGUGGCAAGAGCGGCUGAACGUUCACCUCAAGAACAAGGGGGUUGUGACCACCUAC